AUGAUGUGUGAUUACAUUAUUUUAGGCACAUGCAAUGGUUUGUUGUGUCUAUUAGACGAAGAACGAGAUGUUGUCAUAUUGUGGAACCCUUUUAUGAAUUUGAAAUCUGAAAUUUCUCCACCCCUUGCUUCUCCCUAUGGUGAGAAUAGUGUUAUGUCAUAUCAUGGGUUUGGUUAUUAUGAUCAAGUUAAUUUCAAGUACAAGGUACUCAUGGUUGUUUUCAAUUUCGAGAAUGUUAGUCAAAUUGCUACCAUAAUUUACACGUCUGGUGAAAAUUCUUGGAGAACCAUUCAAAAUUUCCCAUGUUUUAUGAAGGUUGGUUCUCCUAAUAAUAAGAGGUACUUGGGGAAAUUCGUGAGUGGCACUUUGAAUUGGUUAGUUAAGAAAGAAGCUAAUUCUAACCAAAAGAUGAUUCUAUCCUUUGAUCUCGAGAAGGAAACUUAUGGGGAAGUGUUGAUGCCUGAACACGAUGGUGACAAUGUGAGCGAUCUUAUAAUGGAUGUUGUGAGUAACUGCCUUUGUCUGAGUUACGACUCUAGUGAAACUCAUUGGGUUGUGUGGUUGAUGAAAGAGUAUGGAGUAGCUGAUUCAUGGACUAAAUUGGUGAUCAUCCCUCAUUUGAAUACCAAUCAUCAGUGGAAUCACAGAAUGGUACCUUCUUUUGUUGACCCAUUGUUCAAAUCAGAAAAUGGUAUGGUUAUUGUGAAAACUAUGCGUUCUAGACUUGUCUUGUAUGUCACAAGUAAAAGUAGACCGUCUCUUUGCAAUCCUUCUAGAUUGAUUAGGUUUCAUGAUCUACAUAUUUGCCAUGAGAGUCUGAUAUCACCGCAGUGGUAA